UGGAUGUGCAGUGACACACAUCAGCAGAACAACACUCAGCUGUGUACCACAUCAACAGCAGUCGGCAGUCUGUCCUCAAGAUAUUUAGAAAACAGAUUUACAGUGUGAAGAAAAUGGAAAAUUUAAAUGAAUCGUUCUACACUGAUGAUUACAACUACACAUACGACUCAGAUGAGGCAUCAAAAGAGGAGACCGUUUUUCAGCAUAAAUCCAUGUGCUUUACAGAGGUUCUGUGCGUAGUUCUGCUGGUGAUCAGCGUUGUCAUUUUUCUGCUGGGCUUCUUUGGAAAUGCCUUGGUCAUUUGGAUUUCUGGCUUCAAGAUGAAGAAGACGGUCAAUACCACUUGGUACCUAAGUCUCGCCAUCUCCGACUUCCUCUUCUGUGCUUUCUACCCAUUCAGCAUAAUAAACAUGGUGAUGGAACAGUGGAUCUUCGGCCGUUUCUUAUGCAAGUUCACCUCCUCUGUUAUGUUCCUCAACAUGUUCAGCAGCAUCUUCCUGUUGGUCGUCAUCAGCAUCGACCGUUGCAUCUCUGUCGUGUUUCCAGUUUGGGCCCAGAACCAGCGCACUCUCAGCAAGGCGUCCGUAGUUGUGGUCUUUUGCUGGAUCUUCAGCAUUGUUCUGAGUGUUCCCUCCCUCAUUUUCCGAGACGUUCAGAGCCACCUGGGGAGGAGUAUUUGCCAUAACAAUUAUACAGUAAAACACAGCCACACAUUUGUGGUAAUGAGUCGUUUUGUUGCAGGGUUUGUGGUUCCUUUCAUCAUCAUCAUCAUAUGCUACUCCAUCAUCAUCCUCAGGCUGCGCAACAACAGGAUGGCCAAAUCCAACAAACCCUUCAAAGUGAUGACUGCAUUAGUCGCAGCCUUCUUCCUCUGCUGGCUGCCCUACCAUACGUUUGUUCUUCUGGAGCUGAACCUCCGAAACAUUGACCACAGUGUUUUGACAGCUGGAUUGAAAGUAGGCACUUUAAUGGCUGCAGCAAACAGCUUCCUCAAUCCAGUGUUGUACGUUUUCAUGGGCAAUGACUUCAAGCGGAAGUUCAAGAGCUCUGUGCUGUCAAAAAUGGAAAACGCUUUGGGAGAGGAAGGUCGCACUAUCAGCCGUUACUUGUCCAGGUCCAGCUCUAUGGACGGCAGAGCAUCCACGCACAUUUAGACAUUAAUCAAAACAAUGUGUGUAAUCAUGUAUAUUAUAUCUUGAACAGCAAAGUGAACUAUGUUUCAUUUAGCUGCAGAUAUUUUAGGGAAAUGUUGCUGAAAUUGUUCAAUGGUAAUUAAAAAAAACAGAUCAAUUUUGAUUUUACAAAUCUAAUCCACAUCUUCUCAACACAUUAAUGUUGUAAUAAGGUUGACAGUUGGAAUCCAUUUCCUUGACAUAUAAAAGAAAAUGUCGUCAGGCCAAAUUCAAUUUUAAACCUGUUUAAGGCAACUUGCCCAGACUGCUAUUUGAUUUUUCUGCACAUCAAACCCUAAGCUGGUUGUUGUGGUUUGUUCACAGACAUGAAAGCAAUUUUCUGAAAGUUAUUAAAUGAUAAACAACAAAACAUGACAAACAACAAAAUGACGAUUGUUAAUAAAUGAUUGAUGAAAAUAAACCUAAAACCCACUGUUACUACAUAAAUAAUGUGGUGCAAAAACCCUGCUUUAAUUACCAAUACUUGUUUAAAGGUUGUGUUUUGUUUUGUUUUUCAAAAGUGAAAUACUGUGAGGUAAAUGUGCAAUAAAGUUUUACAUUCUUUCAUA